AUGGGAUACUGUGUGAAAAAAUGUGGAAGUUCUUCAGCGGGCACAGUGCCAGCAAUGACCUCCAGAGGAAUCCCAUUCUCUCCAAUAAAGAAACUAGAUGGUAUGCACACCACUGGAUCUUCACACAGGGCUACUUUGAGUACCAUACACACCAUAUACCAUAAAUGUGUUAUUAUAUCAUCAUAUUGUCCUGUCAGGUUAACCAAGAAACUAGAGGAGAGACGAGAGCAAAGGAAGACUGGAGAGGAAGAGAAUGUGAUCAAGAAGGAAAUUGAGCGGCGGAAGGUGGGGAAGGACAUGCAAGACUUUAAGAGGAAACAGGAAGAGGAGAAGACCAAGAGACUCCUCGAGGAAAGGAACAGAGAGAAGGCUGAGGAGAAGGCUGCCAGGGAGCGGGUCAAACAGCAGAUUGCCUUGGUAAGAUCAUCUUUUUCUCUCCAUGUUUUCUUUGGCUACUUCAGUGUUGGUGGGGCGCGCAGUACCAUAGCGAGGAUACAGUUCCGCCUUCCAGAUGGCUCAUCCUUCACCAACCAGUUCCCCUCACAGAGCAGACUGCAGGAGGCUCGGAAUUUUGCUGCUCAGGAAGUGGGAAACCGCUACGGUAACUUCUCCCUGGCCACUAUGUUCCCUCGGCGGGAGUUUACCAGUGAAGACCUGGACAAGACCCUGCUGGAGCUGGAACUGGCUCCAAGUGCUUCCAUCGUGGUUCUGCCGUCAGGCAGACCGGCUAACGCCGUGGUCCAGUCCUCUGGGGGCAGUAUCUGGGCAGUUCUGGGCACACUACUCUACCCUUUGCUGGCUGUGUGGAGAUUCCUCAGCUCGUUCUUGUUUGCAACUCCGCCCCCUCCUGGAGCAGCAUCUAGAGGCCCCGCCCACCAGUCCAACUCUUACACCAACUCAGCGUCAGCCUCCGACAAAGCAAAGAGGUGGGCAGCAGAGUUAAUUAUAGUCUUUUGUUUAUGGCCAAUAUGGCCAUACAUUUUCAAGAAUUCUGGCCACAUAGAACAACCAAUAUGUUUAAAUACUAGGUUAAAGAGGUACUCCAUCCUAAAACGUGUUUCAUGAGCUGUAAACUGUAUU